CCAGAGGGAAUCGGCUGCAGGACAUCAACAACACUGACCCGUGUAACGCACAGCUUCCUACAUGGUGAUCGGCGGGGCUCUCCAGUAACCACCACGUAUUCUUGUUGCAAACAUCUCCGGCACAAAAUCUGACAUGAAGCUGUGCUCCGCUCUUCUGCUUUGCCUGGCAGCAGCUCUGUCAUCUGCCUUUGUGAUUUCACCUCCACACAUGUGGACCAAACUGAUCCUGACCCACCACUGGCCGAACACAUUCUGUAGUAUGGAGAAGCCGGUGUGUCAUCCAAACAUUAGUUUCUGGACACUACAUGGACUUUGGCCAAACAAAGGGAUCGCCUGCAAUUCAUCGUGGCAUUUCAACUCUUCUCUGAUAGAGGACCUGCUUCCAGACAUGAAGAAGAGCUGGCCGGACUUGCUUAACCCCUCGUCUUCUUCAUUCUGGAAGUAUGAGUGGUACAAACAUGGCACAUGUGCAGCCAAAGCAGAUUCUCUGAAUAGUCAACAUAAAUACUUCGGCAAGGCACUGGAACUAUACCACAAGUUGGAUUUGGACAGCGUCCUGAAGAAGUUUGACAUCAUCCCAUCAGAAACAUACUACAAACUUUCCCAAGUGGAAGGAGCCAUAGAGAACUUCUACGGCGUCAAACCUAAAAUCCAAUGUGUCCAUCCAUCAAAAAACGCUGAUUUCCAGAUUUUGGGGCAGAUUGAAAUCUGUUUCGACAUCGACUUCACCCUCAUGGACUGUGAGAAAUAUGUAACCACGCAGAAGAUAUCUAAGGGAGACUGGGGCAGUGUCAUUGCUGUUGAUAAGGCAUCUGGGUUCAUUGUGUGUGACCAUGAUGUCCCAGUUUACUACCCACUACUUCCAUAGAACACAUGUAUGUGCCGACUGGAACGUAACAGCUCCCUACAAAGACAUAAAAACUAAAACUGCACAGUGAUUAAGCAUGUGCACACACACUGAGGUAACCAUAAUUAGAUUGUCCCCAGGCUUAACACUGAACAUCAUAGCUUUAACGAGGAAUGUAAAAGAUACCCCCACAGAAUCAGUGCAGUCAAGAAACAUUGAGAAAAUUCCAGCUGUUACAGGUCUCCUUGAAGUGCAUCGCCCUUUUCAUAUCCUACAAAGACCAGGUCACACACUGCACUCCUACGUGGUGCUUUAAUGGAAUUAUGUCCCACACUGACCUUUGCUAGUACAUGAAUCUGAGUGCACGUUUUUCGUCCAUUGCUCAAAAGUGGUUGAGUUCAGGUCAGGCAGGUGGGCAGAUGGACAGUUCAUGAAGUGUAUCUUGUUGGAAAAUAACCCGAACCCAUUUACUGGUGAUUCCUACUUCAUAUUAUUGGCUGUGUAGAACUGUGGAAGUUGCAUAUCUUGUAACAUCUGGCCAUAUUUAAUAUCACUUAUUUGUGCUUAUGUGCCAUCAAUUAAGUGCAAUCUAUUUUAUUUUGCGGGGCUGAUUGGAUUUUAAGUUUCAUCAUAAUGAUUAUAUUCAUCCAAUACAUCAAAAUAGUUGGUGUUCUCUUUUUUUAAAUCACUUUACAAAUCAUGUUGGGUAAUAUACAUAUUUUGUAAGGGUGUUUUGGGCAAUAGCCAUUUUAAACAAACACUGCUGCUUUGCAAUAACAUCCACAGCUUUCAGGCAUUAUGAACUGGUGUGAGUUAUCAUUAACUACCUUCUUAUGAUUAUGUAUGUAGAAGUACAUCGGCCAUUACCGAGUGCUGUUGUGCUGGAGGUCUGGUUCGGUCCAUCCAUGUUGAUGAUACAUGACUGUUGGUCACAUUUAUGAAUUUAAAACCAUUGAAUGUAUAGACUAGAUUUUAAAUGUAGUAUAUGGUGUAAUGAAUAAAUGCUACAUCGUUCAGUUUUAGUAUUCAAAUCCAAAUACCCAAGUACUUUGCCAGUAAAACCUCACGACCCACACUAAACACAAUACUGUGCAAAAGAUGUCACAGAAGUUUGUUUAUGCACCAUUUCUGUUACAUGCUCUGUACAGAUAGAAUACUAAAAUUAUCGAGUGAACACUAUUUAAUCCCAUCUGAUUUGUACAAUUACUUGUUUCUAUUGAUGCUGUUUGAUAAAUGCUGUUUUUGUGCAUAGAUAAAUACAUUUCCUGUAAACUGAAAGGUGUAAUUGUAAUUACAGCUGCAGUGGGCAAAUGCUGUGGCAUGAAAUUACUCAAAUUGACAUUUGGUCCGUCAAUAAAUUAAAUGUCAAUGAAUUAAAUGUCAAUAAAACAUUGGAUAUCAAGUCAA